AUGCACGCACAAAUAGUUCAGCCGUGGGAUGCGCCCUCGCCUCGCUCAAGAUCAUACACUCCACCUUCAAGCUCCCGGAACGGGAAUGGAAACGGCCAUCAGAAUGGACUCGACACUUCUUGCGGCCACGAGAUUCAGACUCCGGCCACUCCGCCGAUAACAGCCGAGGAUGAGAAGCUAUGGCGCGACCAGGAACUAAAUGCCAAGAUCAUGCAGCAGGUCGAGCAGAAUGGCAUUACACGCCCCAAAGGCCAUACAGUGUCAUUCCAUUAUUCCAGCAGAGUGGAGGAUAUGCAUUUUGGUCGCACUCAUCCAAUGAAGCCCUGGCGACUCAGUCUAACCAAGCAUCUCGUCCUCGGCUACGGACUACAAUACUCCAUGGACACCUACGAAGCAGUGUCCGCUGGCAAAGACGAAGUAUGUCAAUUCCACGACCCCGAAUACGUGGAGUUUCUGAGCAAAGUAUCACCGGGAACAUUCGAUUCUCUGUGUCAACUCCCUCAGUUCUCUCGCGCUAUUCCUACAAAACAUGAAGGCGACUCGGUGGAGUUGGGACCAUUCAACCUGUCUACCAGCCCGGGAGCGGAUUGUCCCGUUUUCGACGGCAUGUCGCAGUACCUGUUCCUCUACACAGGCGCAACAUUGGCCGCCACUCACAAACUGACGACUGGCCAAUCUGACAUUGCCAUAAACUGGAGCGGAGGUCUCCACCACGCCCACAAAGCUGAAGCAUCGGGUUUCUGCUACAUCAAUGACAUUGUGCUCAGUAUUCUAGACAUGCUCAGAAUCUAUCCUCGAGUCUUGUACAUUGACAUUGAUGUGCAUCAUGGAGAUGGCGUGGAAGAAGCGUUCCAGCGCCAGGCGCGAGUCAUGACCUUGUCGUUCCAUCGCUACGGAACGUACGAUGAUACGGGCCACAAAUUCUUCCCGGGAACAGGAGACAWUGAAGAUAUUGGUCUCAAGGGCACAACUGGCGAGCAUUUUGCAUUGAACGUGCCCAUCAACAGUGGAAUCGACGACAGACAAUACAAGUAUCUCUUCGAGGAGGUGACAGGCCGGACGAUAGACGCCUUCAAGCCAAGUGCAAUCGUACUUCAAUGCGGCGCAGACAGUCUUGGCGGUGACAGACUUGGCCAAUUCAACAUCAACAUCCGCGCGCAUGGAGAGUGCGUGUCUUUUGUCAAACGGCAAGGCAUACCCUUGCUAAUACUAGGGGGCGGAGGCUACACGGCCAGAAAUGUUGCCCGCGCAUGGUGCCACGAAACAGCACUGGCCACCAAUAAUGUUCUUCCAGAGUCCAUCCCAAUGGACAUUGUUCCGCGACCAGAGGCGUUCAUGGGGAGGGCACAUGGAGAUGGGAAGAUGUAUCCCGCCUUUGACAGAUUGCACAAGAACGAGUGCAAAGACUAUGAACUGGAGGAAAAGGUCAAGAGAUUGGAUGCCGAGCUGAGAUAUGUCAGAAAUUCGCCAUGGGUCAAGAUGGAGCAGCUGCCUUCCAUGAACCAGAUGCAGGAGAUAAUGGACCACGUGGAUGAGGAUAUGAAGAGCAUGAAUUUAGACCCUGAACGAAGAAAGAAGGAAAGGAAUCCCGGUGGCAGAGGCGAAUUGCGAUGA